GUGAAGGAGAUCCUUUUGCCGAUUUCGAGGAGUCAAGCGAGAAGGAGAGUGGUAUCGGAGAGCCUGAGGAAUCCACAAAAACCGCCACAUUAGCAGAGUUUUCGGACGAAGAUGAUAUGGGUACGAACAUCAGCAAAGGAUUGAAAGACCGCAGAUCCAGGUCCAGCACGAGCCUGUAUAAGGCCAAGAACCUACGGCCGGGAAAGCUUUUUACCCCUAAUCGAAUCACCCGCCAGGAAAGGUAUAAGCUCAGCGGGUCGCUGCCGAAUUUCCUGGACAUAAAAUCUCCGGGAGCGGGCGGGGACUUCCGGGAGCGCGAGAUCUACGCGGACAACAACAAUGAGACGAAGGAGAAGAUGCUGGACAUCGGGCGCUUCGAGAAGUACGAGGAGGGCCUCAACAACUACAGCCUGGUCUUCGCCGAGAAGCCGCGAUCCACGCCACCGCCCCCGCCGCCCGAGGACAAGGAGAACGGGCCCGUCGCCCCCAAACGGAGGCUCUCCUCAAAGCGAGCUAGUCAUAAUAAAUCCAUUUGCAUCGAUGACGCAACAUUCGAUGUAACCCUGAACAAAGGCCACGGUGGUCUAGGACUGAGCAUCAGCGGAGGGAAGAAUAGCGAUGACCAAUCUUAUGGCCUCAUAUCAAUCAAAAAGCUGUUUCCGCAUCAAGCUGCCUGGCAGAGUGGCCGACUCCAAGUUGGGGACAUCCUCCUUGCAGUCAACGGCGUCCCUUUGACCGGCCUUACCAAUUUCGAGGCGCUAGAAGUGUUGCGGAAGUCAACGAAUCCUGUGAACUUGACCGUGCGUCGACCGGUCGGUCCACAGAAGUCACCGGAGCCGCUGACCAAAGCGACAGAACAGCGCAAGUCCCCAGAGCCCCACGAUCAAAACAAUUCCACGCUCAACAAAUCAAACACUAGUUCGUCCAGCCCUCCGCCAUCCCUCCCGCCUUCGUUCUUGGAGGAUGGCCCUUCGGAGUUCGAGAUAACUUUGAAGAAAGUCAAUGGAAGUCUUGGAUUUACGUUACGGAAGGAGGAAGGGAGUUUAGGCCAUUAUGUUCGAGCACUAGUCAAGGAGCCUGCUCUGUCCGAUGGCCGAAUUCAUCCUGGGGACAGAAUCGUCUCGGUAAACGGAGUGGACCUCUCAGCGCUGAGCCAUGAGCGGGCUGUGGCGUUCCUGCGGCAAUGCGGGGAGGAGGUCCGGUUACGACUGCACAGGGAUCCAACGCGGUCGCCCGACUCAACCGCCCCCCAGCUGAAACAACCCAAACCGAUCCUCAGGAAAGAAGCAAUGGAAAUGCUGAGUGAAAAGAAAAGAAACGAAUCAUCAAAUUCCAGACAGAGAAGCAAAUCGGCCCUAGCAAAUUCAAGAGAACAAAUCAAAAAGAGUGACUUCCAUUCCAGCUAUGAGGAGUCGGACAGCAUGGACACGCUGGACGGGCCGGGGUCCCUGCCGGAGUGCUCCCUCCCGUACAACCCGUUCCAGCACGACAGCCUCGUCCUCCACACGGGGGUCUUCGGGGCCCCCGGACCCGGCUCCCUGGACCUGAGCCAGGUCCCGGAUGCCGCGGCCAGCAUGCCCCCGAUCCUGGACCUCAACCCCAAGCGGGACCUCCCCGACGCCGCCGACGCCCCCGCCAGCAUGCCGCCGCUCCAGGACCCCUCCGAAUCCAACUUCGGACACAACUCCCCCGUCUACCAGUCCACGCAUUUCCCGGCCAAGGGGCUCGAGUCUCGCAAGGUGUCGGAAAGGAGUUCAGAACACGAUUUAUCCUCCACGAGUUUUGCCGAGGAAAGUAAAGGAGGUCUCUUGAAAUGGAAAGGAGUUAUGUUCACGCCUGAGGAUCAAGAUGAUGCCUUCCACACUCCAUCUGUCUCACCACCACCAUCAUUUGAUGAUAAACAGUUGAUCAAAGUUGAAUUGGUGAGAAGUUGGAACAGCAGGCUUGGCUUCAGCUUAACGUCAGCAAAGGACGGAGAAGGGGCAAUUGUCAGCACAAUACACCCCAACAGCGUUGCUGCCAAGAACGGCCAACUUCAGAAUGGUGAUAUUCUCGUCAAGGUAAACGAAGAGGAAGUGACAAACCUACCCACAUCAGAAGUCAUUGAAUUACUGAGAAGAGUGCGAGGAGCAGUCGUGCUUUACGUUCUCCGCCAAGAAUCAAACCAUUAGUUUAGAUAGUAGUUUUGACUUGACUGCUUCCGAAGUUCAAAUAGUUAUAGCUUGAUUAUCAAAAUCUAAUUUCCACGGAGAGGCUUUAAAGUAUUUUAAAAUGAAAUAAUACAAUUGUAAAUGGUAUUAUUGUGUGUAUUUCUGGUGAGCAAAAGGUGAACUCGAUCGUCAAAUGCCUGGGCAGAUAACUACAUUUUUGCGUUUGGCAAGUUUUUUUUUUUUUUUUUUUUUUUUUUUUUUUUUUUUUUUUUUUUUUUUUUUACAGAAAUGCCUUAACUUUAUAAUAUUUAAGGGGGAAAUCGAUCAAAAUUCGUUCUAAUUUUUUACACAUUUUACAACUCAAUAUUUCUGCUGUCAAUCUCUUGUUGCAAAUGUGAAGAUUCCUCAUUUUUAUAAAAAACAGAAAAAUUUAGAGUGAAGCGUUUAUUUAGGCAUCUGAGGUAAUUAAAGCGAUUCUACUAUAAUACAUAUCUUCAUAGAGGCAUCCUGACUAAAUCUACAAAGCUUCAUUCUACUAAGGUGAUGCCGAAAAUUGCAUAUUUGGAGAUAAUGAUGGCUUGGAUACCUGCUUCGACAUUCGACCUAGUGCCUGAUUUAACUUUUUUUUUCUAUAAUAACUAUAUGCUUUUAUCCUAAAAUCAAUGUUUGAAAGCCAUCCAAGACACAAAGAAUCCUUCUGAAAUGUCCUUAGGUAUAAGUUUUUCAGUAUAUUGAAUGUUAUUUAUUACUAAUUAUACUUACGUUUAGAUAUCAAAACUGCUAAAAUUAAAUCCUGCAUUACUCAACUUUGCUCUCUAAGGAAAUACACACAUAUACUGUACAAUAUUAUGCGUGUAAAAAAUUGAAUAAUUUCUUAGUUCGUUCCGAAAAUGUUCCGAAUCUAUUCCGCUCUAUCAGGCUUUCAGAGAUUAGUGUACCUAAAAUACUCAUUGGAGUUUUAAACUAAGUAUGAGAACAGUUUGAUGGCAUGAAGAAAGAAUAUGUAUUUAAAAAAUAAUAUUUUUUAAAUCUCAUAUUGUUUCUGUUAAGAUUCAAUUUGUAAAAUAUAUAAAUACAUUAAUUUUAGUUAAACAAAAAGAAGAUACCUGAUAUAACGCGAGGUGCAAGUUACCUUUUAGUCUUUUUCUUUUCGUUUCUCUUCAUUGUCACAUCUAUUAUAACAUGUUCUAAAGUUUUACUUGUGUCCUGUUUUGUUUUGUUUUAUGCAUAAGAGGGCUCCUGUUGAUUUUGAGUCAAUUUUUGCCUACUAAAUGCCUACUUAUUUACUUACUCACGUAGCCAUUAAGAAAAAAGAUCAAAAAAUGUAUAAAAAAAGUUGACUUGGGUCCAUUUUUUGGCCCAUAAAUUCCUAGAAUUUUAGUGUCCUCCUAAAACGCCGAGGAUUAAUCGAGUGUCAUUAAAAUCGGUCAUUGAUCAUAGACCUCUUUUUCUCAUUGCAUCAUUCUUGUAUCAAUAAUUAAAGUUGAAAAAAGCUUAUUUCUCAUUGCAAGAUUGCAAAUCACGUUUUAUUUUCUUAAAAGAAACACCAAAAGUUUUCCUUUAAUUUUCCGUGAUACUCUCUCACUUAUUUAACAAUGUUCACAGGAAAUAUCAAAGAGAUUUUUGGUCGGUUUUUUGUCAAAAGAAUAAAACAUAAUGGGAAACGCUUUAAUGUUACAAUGGAAUUAUGCUUUUUUUCAACUCAAACCAUCCAUAUCUAUAUUUGACUGUAAUAAUUUGAUUAAGGACACUUGAUAUCACAGUGCUGUAUUUUUCUAUGUAAGCAUAUUUUGUGCUCAUUCUUUUACCAGUGCUGCUUAAAAUUCUCAUCGUAAGUGAUCAUCAUAAAAAUCUUAAUAUAAGUUCACGCAUGAUGUUCUUUAUAAGAAAGACAAAGUUCCAUGUAGGUUUUUGGUAAAAUUGAACAAAAUCAUUUUUUCAGUCGAUGAAAUUAUUCUGACAUACAAUUCUCCAAUCUGUUCAUAAAAUGCAAUACAAUUUCUUUAUCAUUCCGGUCACUGUCUCUUCCCUAAUAUAGUUUAAACUUGAAUUGAUUCUCGCCCUUACAUGAAGGAUUGAAUAUUAUAGUGUUCUCAUCAUGACUUGUGCAAUAGCGUGAUUAUUCCCUUCUUUUGUGUUCAAAUUUUAACUUUAUCAUACUAUUUCCUUUCGAUCAUUUUUUUAGGAUGCUCACAUUGUUAAACUUUUUUUCACGAAAACGCUUGAUCAGUGUUUUCUUAAUAUUUCCACCUCCUUGCAUGCGUGAAAAUAAAUUAUUUCGACCAGUUUAUCAAGUUCUCAGUCGAUUUUUUUUUAUUUUCAGCCUUUAUUUUAAUUUGAAAAAGUAGACAGUCAAAAUAUUGAGUUUGUCUACCGUCAAUUUGUUGAAAUUUUUAUGUAUAUAAUAUAUAAAUGUAAUUAGUUUUCGCUGGAUAUGAAAAGAAUUACAUAAAAAUUUACGUUAA